CUACCACCACCACCACCUGUCAAUGGUUACACGGCUAAGGGUCCCGUGAACAAGCGAUUGGCACCUUCUGGACCUCAUCCAUCCGAGUCUCCUGCCAAGAAGAAGCAGUCCAAGUGGAGUCCCGAGGAGGAUGCCGCAAUCAUCGAGCUUCGCGGUAACGGAAUGAAAUGGGAAGACAUUUCUAAGCACUUGCCCGGCCGCAGUGCCAUCAGCUGCAGACUCCGCUUCCAGAACUACCUUGAGCGUCGCUCAGAAUGGGAUGAUGAGAAGAAGAACAAGCUUGCUCGUCUCUAUGAAAGGUUCAAGAAGGACAUGUGGGAGAAGAUCGCCAAGGAGAUGGCCCUGCCAUGGCGGGCUGCUGAGGCUAUGCACUGGCAAAUUGGUGAAGUCGAGAUGGCCAGUCGUGCCAAUGUCCCCGUCUUUCAUCUUGCCGGUUCUGCUUCGCAAUCCCAGUCACAGUCACAAACAAAUGCAGCAAGAGCACAACACUACUACUCAGCAUCAAGCUCAACUUCGGCUUCUGCCGGGCCUGGUGAGCCC